AUGAAGCCACAAUAUGAAACACGGUGUACAAGCAAAAUAACUUCUGUGAAAGUCACAGGACCAAUCAAAACUGACAACUUCCCAAAUGUGAUGUUCAAAGUGGCAAGAGGUUCAGUCAGCCAGCUCUACGGAUUCACACUCGCAGACUUGUCUUGUCUUAACCCUUAUGACUGGAUCGUACUCUACAACAUGCUGCUGAGAGAUAAAGAGAAAUACGAACCUAUCAUGUCCCAUCUCAAGUUGAUGAUAAUGUCUUACAUUCAAGAUAUUGGGGAAAUGGAUGUGGAUAUUGCCAAGGUGUUACGAAAGAAGCCUUCUGUUGUUCCUAAGGAAGCUCCAAAGGACUUUGAAAAGCUGAAGCCAAGGAAGAUUUACAAGGAUGGAUGGUUCGUGAUGUAUCAAGCUAGGGAAUGA